AUGGGAGUCGCUGGCUUGUGGGAUAUCCUACGCCCUGCGGGAGAAACACGCUCGUUAACUCAUCUCGCUGUUGUCGAUGGCUUCGAGGCAAAUCCUCAGGGCGUAAGGGGUUUUCGAGUCGGCAUUGACGCAAGCAUCUGGUUUUUCCACGCAGCAUACGGUCGCGAAGGCGAGAACCCUGAACUACGGACUUUAUUCUUCAAAUGUACACGCCUGAUGAGCGCACCUUUCCUGCCACUGUUUGUUUUCGAUGGUCCCAAGCGUCCAGAGGUAAAGCGUGGCAAGCGGAUUAGUGGUAAGCAUCAUUGGAUGGUGCAAGGAAUGCAGAGGAUCAUCGAUGCAUUUGGCUUUGAAUGGCGAAUGGCACCUGGUGAAGCUGAAGCAGAGCUAGCCUACCUGAAUCGUAUUGGUAUCAUUGAUGCCGUCUACACGGACGACGUGGAUACCUUUCUCUUUGGAGCGAAGAUGAUUUUGCGCAACCCUAGCGUUACAUUGUCCGGAAACCGCGCUCAUUCCCUCAAAAAUGGUGCAGGAAGGGACGAUGGAAACCACGCCGCCACCUAUACCUCACACAAUAUCUUGAACCACCCUUCGGUUCAGCUCACUCAAGGAGGACUCAUUCUCAUUGGUAUUCUCCGUGGAGGUGAUUACCAUCAAGCAGGACUUCAGGGCUGUGGUGGUACAAUUGCACAUGGACUAGCAAAGUGUGGGUUCGGCGACUCGCUCCUCCGCGCUGCUCAGACGCUUUCUCGGGAGAAACUUUCGGAAUUUUUAGAUACGUGGAGAGAAGAACUGCGGGUUGAAUUGCGAACAAAUGCUCGAGGGCUCAUCGGCAAGAAGUAUCCCUCCCUCGCAAAGUCCAUACCCAGCGAUUUCCCUGAUAUUGAGGUGCUACUGAACUAUACGGAUCCUAUCACAUCGGAAUCUAAUUCGACACGACCCAAGAAAAUUUUCAUCGACUGGGAGAAGGAGCCAGACCUUGGAAAAAUUGCAGAGCUAUGCGAGCUGUACUUCGAAUGGGGGGUGAAAGAAAUCAUAAUCAAGCGCUUCAGAACUGUUCUCUGGCCUGCAGCAGUCCUUCGCAUCCUAAGGCGUGCUGCUCUGCUGCGAGAUAAGAAGGCUACCAGGAUCGGGAUUAACUCGAGUCAACCUCCCUCGACGCCUACCAAAAGUGGGAGGCCGCGACCGGUACCUGGCACACCAUCUUCUAUGAUAGUGAAGCACUUCUCAGAGUUGCAACUUGGGACGCCUACCCGUAAAGGUAAGAUUGACUCGGAUGAUGAACAAGAUGAAGAGGAACCUUUGAUCGUCAAGAUUCACUCGUCUCGAAAGCAUGCGACGACGGACGGAGUCCUCGAGUACCGACUAGAGAUUGCGCCUGCCCAACUCGUCCGCCUAUGCGAAUCAGGUAUCAAAGGUCUUCGACACGAAGUUGUGACUGGCCUGGAUGACUCGAACGAUACCACAGAUGACGACGACGAAGACGCGCCCAGAGGCAAGAAGACCAAGAAGCCGCCCCCGGAACCAGAAAGUCAUCUCCGUAUCUGGCUACCGGCUUGCAUGGUGCGUAUUGUGGAACCUGAGCUCGUAGACGAAUUCGAGGGCAUACAGGAGAUGCGCCAGGCAAAAAAGGCGGGCAAGUCUAUGCGCGCUCCGCGGGCAUCAAAGCCCAAGGCUCUACCUGCGAAGGUGAAGAACAUCUCGCGUAGUGCAAAUGAUGGCGCGGAGUCGGAGGACGAUAUGGUUCUACCGAUACCGAAGAGAAAGCCCAGGAUCAAGCCAUCUGUUGUCCAGAUUGAAGAUGCAAUAAAGCAAGAUUUCUUCCCCCCAGAAAAAGUGCCACCUAAAGCGAAGAAGGCUGCAUCAGCUACGGGAAAGAUUGCAGCACUAUUCUCGCAGUCGGACACGAUUCAUGAGAUUGAUCUCGGCGAUAGCUCGCUUCAUGAAUAUGCUGGUCGCAGCCGUUCCAAAAAACCUGUGCGAAAACCAUCUGUAGCAUCAUCGUCAUCUUCAUCGUCAGCCAAUUCGAAGGCCACGUCCACUCGAUAUACGACUCCGUCUCCCCCCAAGAGCCGCUUUGUCCCUGCUCCGUUCCCGCUCUCUUUUGACGACGACCUACCCUCUCGUCCAACCCAAGGUGUAAAGCAAGCUGAUAUUGAUCUUGCGAAUCCUUCCAUGCAGCACACUCGAAGUACUACUCCUCCGUCACCCCCUAAGUUCAUCCCAGCUCCAUUUCCACUUCUCUUCGAUGACAAUCAUCCUCUUCAUUCGACCCGAGCUUCAGGGCAGAACAGUGUCAGAUCCGUGGAUCGCCCUCGGUCGAGCACGCCAAUCCGGUCACGCAAUCUAUCGCCCCCAACUUCUGACGUCGACUCCCCUUGCUCGUCUGUCCAUAAGUCGCCACGAAAGUCCCAGGAACACACUUCCCCGCGUUCCAAGUCUCCCACACACCGAGCCCCUGAUGCAUCCGACUCUGACCGUGCAGUAUCGCCAUCACCGAUGCGAAGCCGACCUGUCAUGCCCGCUCUCAAGCUUACAUCCUCCCCAUCACGCUCAAAGUGGAAUCGAUCUAUUAUAGAGAUUUCCAGCGACUCCGAUUCUGAGGUCGUGUUGAAGCUCAAGGCAACCAAAAAGCCCUUGAAACCCGUAAAGCCUCUUGCCGUCGCGAGAGCCAUGUCAACUUCAGCGACUGUUCGCCUCCCCGCGUCAGUAGCUGGUGCCCCAAGUGGAUCAACUGAGAAGACAGGCUCCUCUCGAUCCCGGCCUAAGUACACAGAACCAUCGAACUCAGACAAUGUUAUUGAUCUAACUUGA